CCGUCACGAUUCCUCCCAUAACGAGAAAGCGAAAGGCUGCCGAGGCGACGAUCACAUCUGCAGACGCUGAGAGCAUUCCCCAGAAAAAAAUCGUCGCCUCCGCCAGUCUCCCUGCCGCACCACCUACGCCCCAAACCACCGGCGAUAUGGAUUCCGAGGAAGAAUACAUGUCUCCCAUCUCUACUGAUGAUGAUGAAAUCAUGCAAGAUGACAGCGGUGAUGAACUAUCCGGUCCAGAUGAUUUUGACGAGGAUGAUUUCGACGAACCCGACCCAGACUUUGGUCUCUCAGCGAAAGAUAUGGACAAGAAAAAGACGGCCGCCCAUGCGGUGUCUUUCAAGGUCCUCGAACCGUCCGAUAUUAGGCGCCAGCAAGAUGACAUGAUGAACGACGUCAACCUGAUUCUUGACCUGACCAAGGAGGAUGCAGCCAUCAUGUUGCGCUACUUUCGAUGGAACAAAGAACGACUACUAGAAGACUAUAUGGAUCGCCCAGAAAAGGUUCUAGAAGCCGCCGGGUUGAACAGUAGUUCUUCUAGUCAGCCAAAACUGCAAGCCGUUCCCGGCUUUGUAUGCGACAUCUGUUGUGAAGAUGAGGAAGGCCUUCAAACCUUUGCUAUGAAGUGCGGUCACCGCUACUGUGUUAACUGCUACCGCCAAUACCUCACACAGAAAAUCCAAGACGAAGGAGAGUCUGCAAGGAUCCAGUGUCCUUCGGAUGGAUGCGGUCGUAUCUUGGAUUCGCGGUCACUCGACCUCCUCGUCACCCCUGAGCUGACUGAUCGCUAUAAUGAGCUACUCAACCGCACGUACGUGGAAGAUAAAGAUACCUUCAAAUGGUGCCCGGCUCCGGAUUGCCCCAACGCCAUUGAAUGCGGCGUCAAGAAGAAGGACUUGGAUAAGAUCGUUCCCACCGUUGAGUGCCUCUGUGGCAACAGGUUCUGCUUUGGAUGUGCAAACCCUGACCACCAACCAGCACCCUGCGAUCUAGUAAAGCGAUGGCUGAAAAAGUGUGCUGAUGACUCAGAGACAGCCAACUGGAUUUCGGCGCACACAAAGGAAUGCCCCAAAUGCAGUUCGACGAUUGAGAAGAAUGGCGGGUGUAACCAUAUGACCUGCAGGAAAUGUAAAUAUGAGUUUUGUUGGAUGUGCAUGGGCCUCUGGUCUGAGCAUGGAACUAGUUGGUACAACUGCAAUAGAUAUGAGGAGAAGAGCGGAGCCGAGGCCAGAGAUGCGCAGACCAGAUCUCGCACGUCUCUCGAACGGUACCUGCACUACUACAACCGAUACGCCAACCACGAACAGUCCGCCAAACUGGACAAGGAUAUUGCGCAGAAGACUGAGAAGAAGAUGGUACAGCUCCAGACUACAUCUGGCAUGUCUUGGAUAGAAGUGCAGUAUCUCAACUCUGCGUCCCAGGCACUCCAAACAUGCAGACAGACUCUCAAGUGGACUUACGCUUUUGCUUUCUAUUUGGCCAAGACCAACUUGACGGAGAUUUUUGAGGACAACCAGAAGGAUCUUGAAAUGGCUGUUGAGAACUUGUCUGAGAUGUUUGAGAAACCCAUCAAUGAGCUAUCCGACCCGAAGCUGAAGGUCGACAUCAUGGAUAAGACGUCUUAUUGCAACAAGAGACGUAUCAUUUUGCUUGAAGAUACUGCCGAGAAUCUUGCAAAAGCCAAGUGGACAUUUAACGCAGAUCUCAUGAACGGAUCGACAUUGCUGCUUAACAAACACUAGACUACCUAAUUUGUCCCGUCUGCUGAGAUCUAUCAGUGACUGUUCUGAUAAAUAGGCUGAUAUAGGCCGCCGCUAGGAAAUCCGUUGUCACUCUCGCAAUGGACCGGCAUACGAAAUGAUCGAGGGGCGACUAACUAGGAGAAUAUGCGUGGCUCAACAUCUGCAUACACGAUCACAUAAAAACCGUGCACCCGCAUACUAAGGCAUACAUACUUCAUAUAGCAAGCCGGGACGUUUCUAUUCCUUCUCUUGUCGACGACGUUGAGUCAUCCCCACUCAUUCAGCAUAUUUGCAUUGCAGCGUCGAGAAUUUUCCUC